UCUCCUUCUCAAUCAGACGGUAAGGAUCCGGCCACGCUCUGCGCCCACCGCGGACUCGAAGUCCGCCGUAUCAGCCGUUCCCGCAUCUGUCGAUCUUCCCCAUCCCGUGUUCCGGCACCCACCACAGCGACCCGACGAUGGCCGCCUCCGCCUCCGGCGCCGGCAAGUCGCUGCUCCAGACCUUCCGCAAAUUCUUCAAGAAGCCGUGGGAGAUCACUGGCCCGUGCUCCUCGCCCGAGUACCGCAGCGCACUCCCGGGCGCCCUCGAAUACCGCCAGACUUGCCCGGCCACCCUGCGCGAGAACUCCCCCAGGGCCGUCAUCCCCACCUCCGACCCGGAGACCGUGUUCGACAUCAAGUACUAUCCGCGCGACGGGCGCCGCAACCGCCCGCCCGUCCGCCGCACCCUCCUUCGCAAGCCCGACCUCGAGCGCUACAUGGCCGCCAAGCAGUUCGAUCCCGCCAAGGACUUCCCCGCUCCCUACGUCAAGACCGCCGUCGAGGAGGACUACGAUGCCGUGGGCGGCGGCUACACGAAGUGAUCCAGGUCAUGUGGCACAGUCCAUCGAAAGCUGCACUGUCUUCAGUUCUGCUCUUUCUUUGAAGAUCCUUUUGCUUUUGUUUUCAGAUAAAAAAAUUCUGGUUGUAAACGAUGAUGACGGCAAUAAUAUGGCACUUAUGGAGUAAACCGAAUGCACCCACCUUGUAAGUUGUGUUCCAAAGUUGAACAACCUGAAUACUGAUAUGUGCUUUAAUUAAAUUGUGGAAAACUUGAAUUUUCUGCUAGAA